GCCAGGGCCUGCGGAGGGAUCUGAGGCUGCCUUCUCAGUCAGGUACUUGACUCCUUUUGCCUUUGGCUUAGGGGUUGUUCUGUCCAGACUUGGCCCAUGGACACGGCCCGGGUUGCAGUUGUGGGAGCAGGCGUGAUAGGGCUCUCUACUGCCCAGUGUAUCUCCCAGCUGGUGCCUCGAUGCUCCGUCACUGUCAUCGCAGACAAGUUUACUCCUCACACCACCAGUGACGUGGCAGCCGGAAUACUUAUUCCUCAUGCAUAUCCAGACACACCUGUUCCCGUGGUGAAGCGGUGGUUUAGAGACACCUUCAUUCACCUGUCUGCAAUCGCUAGGUCAGCAGAAGCUGUGGAUGCUGGUGUUCAUCUGGUGUCUGGUUGGCAGAUAUUUCAGAGCAUCCCUGCAGAAGAAGUGCCAUUUUGGGCUGAUGUGGUUCUGGGAUUUCGAAAGAUGACUGAGGCUGAACUACAGAGAUUUCCUCAACACGUGUUUGGACAGACUUUUACAACUCUCAAGUGUGAGACUUCUGCCUAUCUCCCAUGGUUGGAGAAAAGGGUAAAGAGGAACGGAGGCCUGCUACUCACCAGGCGAAUCGAAGAUCUGUGGGAGCUCCAUCCAUCCUUUGACAUAGUGGUCAACUGUUCAGGCCUAGGAAGCCAACAACUUGUAGGAGACCCCACAAUAGCCCCAGUAAGGGGUCAGUUGCUUCAAGUGCAGGCUCCCUGGGUGAAGCAUUUUAUUAGAGAUGGGAAUGGGCUGACAUAUAUUUACCCUGGCACAUCCCAUGUAACCCUGGGUGGAACGAGGCAAAAAGAAGACUGGAAUCUGUCCCCAGAUGCAGAUAUUAGCAGAGAUAUUUUUUCACGAUGCUGUGCUCUGGAGCCUUCCCUCCACAAAGCCUAUGACAUCAAAGAAAAGGUAGGCUUGAGGCCUUACAGGCCAGGCGUGUGGCUGCAGAAGGAGCUCCUAGCCCAAGAAGGAAAGAAGCUGCCUGUGGUUCAUAACUAUGGCCAUGGGAGUGGAGGCAUCUCAGUGCACUGGGGCUCUGCUCUGGAAGCCACCAGGCUGGUGAAAGAAUGUGUCCAGUCCCUCAGAACCUCAGCUUCUACCUCAAAGCUGUAGAUGACAUGAACUGACAGCAAAUAGUCCCAGAAACCACUACUGAAAGCACAAUUGAAAGUCCAGAACAGGUUCAAAUAACUUUUGCAUUGAGUGAAAGUUCAAUUAGAUAUUUUUUGUUUUCAAUGUUAGGGAAUGAUGCAAAAUAUAUCAGUAGACUUAGGAAAUCUGCCACUAAUGUCAUAGAGGAUAAAGCUCCAUUUUUGUUAAGACAAAUCCAACAACAAAACACUUGUUAAAUAGGUACAAUUUCUUUUGUGGAUUAAACCAUUCACCAGAGUCUUCAUGAUCAAAUCAUCUCUGCAACCAUCUGCACCCACUCCCAGAGGUGUGCGUUCCUGGUCUCCUAGGAUUUUAUCAAUCUGAUCAAGUUGACUAGAUUAACCAUCACAAAGUUAAAAAAAAAGAUUAAUCAUCACAAUUACCUGAGGUUUGUGUAUUUUGUUGCCACAAAGAAUUGAGAGCUGGUUUAUUGUACAGUUGAAUUUGCCUGAGCACUUUUGAAGAUUGAGUAGUGUAUGUAGCCAAAGAGCUAAUUUGCUGAUUGGCACCAUCAGUCAAUCAAUAAUCAAUAUAACUAAGAUGUGUUUUGCUGAUGUUAAAAAAAUUGGGGAAGGGAAUUGGAUUUCAUGUGUUUGGGAAUUACUGAGUUAAAUAAAUAUAACCUGAUUUCUAGA